GGCACCCGGGAGCUGAGGGAAGAGCUGUGGCGGGGUGAGACCGCGGCGGGGUGCGGGCACCUGGGGCAGAACCAGGGGCAGAGCCACGACUGGAAGGUGCCUGGGGCUGGAGUGUGUCAGGGGCUCUGUGUGGGAACCUGGGCCUAGAGGAAGUCACCAUGUCAUCUGGUCAGGAAUCCGUUCUCUCAGAGUAUGAAUCUGACACCAGCCAGACAUCAAAGCUGUUAAGAAAAUUUAAAGAGACACCAUUUGUACCCAUCGGGAUGGCUGGCUUCGCCAUGGUGGUUGGCUACGGGCUGUACAAACUGAAGCACAGAGGUGAAAUGAAAAUGUCACUUCACCUGAUUCACAUGCGUGUGGCAGCACAGGGCUUUGUCGUGGGAGCAUUAACAUGUGGUGUGCUGUAUUCAAUGUUUCAGGAGUACGUGGUGAAGCCCAAGGAGUAAUGGAAAGCUGACUGAAAUCUCUGUCCUGGUGGUGGCCUACAUGCUGCAGCUACAAACCUCAUAUCGAGGGGUUCUUGAGGAAAAAAAUAAUACAUGGUAUUAGAGAAUUGCCCUUUAUCUGUUUUGUGUAUGGUACACUGUCCUGAAGCUGGCAGCCUAAAUGACUGUGCACUGGGGGAGCAGGUAUCAAGAGUUUGGCUCUUUCUGAUUGAGACUACCAUAUCCCAUUUUUAGGAGAUGUAGUAUAUUCCCUUUAUCUUCCUCUCAACUGUCAACCCUGUCUUAAAAUUGGUGACUGCUUUUGCUGCAGUUGCCCAAAACUGAAGUCUGAACUAUAUUCUGUUAGGCCACAGGCAGAACGUGGAGGCCAUGUCUGUAAAAUGGUGUCGUGAACGCUUUGCUGCCAUUUUCUAUCCUGUGGAUUUGUCAGCCUCCAGUUUUGUAACUUAGGAAGUUACAUCUAGUACCACUAAAUGACUUCUAAACUAUUGAGAGAUAUAUAAACUUCUAUUUUUUUUUAUUUAAGGCAUAAGUAUUUGGUAUGUUGCAGCUAUUUAAAUGUUAUAUUUAUUCAUUGUUAACGAAGACACAGGCUCCCUAUUUUUAAUACAGAUUUUCAGACUCUUGGAUUACUAUAUUUUGUAACUUUAUUUACAGUGUUCUUCUGAGUAACAUUUAAAUGUAACAUUUAAAAUAUACCUUGUGAAAACUAAACCUCGAUUUGGUGUUCUAAUGCUUUUAGGUAAAAUAUACGAUCUAGCUCUGACUUCUGCGGUAUCAUUCCCCAUAGAAAUUCUGAAUCAUUUAAAUCUGAAAAGCCCCCCCAUCAUCUUCAAUGAGCCAUGAAAACCUUUCUCUGUGAAUUGCCACUGUUAUUUUACAGCCAACCCCCUUGUAUCUCCAAUAGCAGUCAUAAAAAUAAAUGUUUUUACUGAUUGGCUUUA